CUACCGGUAGCACUCAGCACACUAUUUUACUGGCAUUUCGAAAGGAAGGCUUCCAGGACAAAAACGACUGAAUAUGAAGGCGUGCACUUUCAUUUUGGUGGUAGGUUUCACUGUAGUAUUAGCCUCUCGCGGGCCUGGAGGCAUUGGACCUGGAGGGCCUGGAGGACCGCCUCGCCUUGGUUCGGGGGGCCGUCUUCCACCUCUACCCCCUCCGUUCGGCAGACCUUGUCGGAACCAAACCGGUGGAGGACAUAACGAGACAAUCGUGCAGCCACCAACAAAUGGCAGUAAUACUACAAGCGGGGGUCAAUGAGGAGACCAGUGAAGACCAGCACAUAACGUGUGCUUCUGGUGCGCUUGACAGAUUCUACCAGAAGGUCCAUGUUCAGAGAAAAAUAAA